AUGUUUUGGAGCCCCACCCUUCACAGCAGUGGUAAAACAAAAGCCACUUGCCUAGAAAGAGCAGUUCCUGAUUUUGCAAGGACUGCCUGUAUAACAUACUCUCGACAAGGAGGCACCAUACUGCAUAGGCAAUAUACUUUGUGUCUGUUCUUUUUGCAAGAGGACGAACCAUCUGCAAACUUUUGGCAACUGGAAGAGGCUAUGAUCCCAAACCUCACAUUUCUGCUUUGUCUUGGACUGAGUCUGGGCCCCAGGAACCAAGUGUUGGCAGGGGGCCUCUCCAAACCCACACUCAGAGCUGUGCCAAGUAAUGUGGUAACCACUGGGGAGAAGGUAACUCUAAUUUGUGAAGGCCCCUUAGAUGCCCAGGAAUACAAGCUCUAUAAAGAAGGAAAUCCAGAUUUCCAGAUACCAACAGCUAAUGAAGACAUUGAAAAAAAUAACAAGAUCAUUAUCUCCUCCAUUAGAAGUCAGGAUGCAGGCCAAUAUCGGUGUUAUUAUAAAUGCCCUAAUGGCACAUCAGAACACAGUGACACCCUGGAGCUCUUGGUGACAGGAGUCUACUCCAGCAAAGUCACCCUUUCAUCCCUGACCAGCCCUGUGGUGACCUCAGGAAGUGAUGUGACUCUUCAGUGCUCCUCACAAGAGGAAUACAACAGUUUCAUUCUAGUAAAGGAAGAUCAAAAAUUUUCUAGUGCCAUGGCCUCACAGGACAUAUACACUGGUAUAUUCCAGGCCCUGUUCACAGUGGGUCCUCUGACUCCACAACAGAGAUGGAGAUUCACCUGUUAUGGCUAUUACCUGAACAGCUUACAGCUGUGGUCAGUACCCAGUAACAGCCUAGAACUCCUGGUUUCAGGGUCCCUCCACAAACCCAACAUCUGGGCUGAGCCAGGCACUCUGAUCACAUUAGGGAGUCUUGUCACCAUCUGGUGUGAGGGGACCAGAGAAACCAAAAUAUAUGUGCUACAUAAAGAGGGAAGUCCAGAUCCCUGGGACAGACAGACCCAAAGGGAUCUCAACAAUAAGGCAAAAUUCACUAUCCCUUCUGUGACAAAAAUGCAUGCAGGGAAUUUUCACUGUUACUGUUACAACUCUGCUGGGUGGUCACAAAACAGUGAUACCUUGGAGCUGGUGGUGACAGGAGUCUAUCCCAGCAAAGUGUCCUUGUCAGCCCAGCAUAGCCCUGUGGUGACCUCAGGAGGUGAUGUGACCCUUAAGUGUUUCUCACAGCAUGGAUAUAACAGGUUCAUUCUAAUUAUGGAAGAUGAGAAAUUCUCCAGGCCCAUGGUAUCACAGUAUACAUACUACAGGGACUUCUGGGCUCAGUUCAAAGUGGGUCCUGUGAAUCCCAAAAAGAGAUGGAUCUUCACAUGCUAUGGCUAUUACUGGAACAGCCCCCAGCUGUGGUCAGUACCCAGUAACCAUCUAGAGCUCCUAAUCUCAGGGACCCUCCACAAACCCACCAUCUGGGCUGAUCCAGGCACUCUGAUCACAUUAGAGAAUCCUGUCACCAUCUGGUGUGAGGGGACCAGAGAAACCCAAAUGUACGUGCUACAUAAAGAGGGAAGUCCAGAACCCUGGGACAGACAGACCCAAAAGAAUGACAACAAUAAGGCAAAAUUCACCAUCCCAUCUGUGACAACACUGCAUGCAGGGAAAUAUCACUGUUACUCCUACAACUCUGCUGGGUGGUCAGAGCGCAGCGAUACCCUAGAGCUGGUGGUGACAGGAGUCUCCAUCAAACCCAGACUGACAGCCCUGAACAGCCCUGUUGUAACCGUAGGACAGUCUGUGAACCUCUCAUGUACCUCAAAUCAGAGAUACAACGGGUUCAGUUUAAUUAAGAACAAGCAGAAGUUUUCCAGCUCCAUGGGCUCACAGAAUGUAUAUACUGGGCUGUCUUCUGCCAGGUUCCAAGUGAGUCUCAUGACCUCCAGCCAAAGAUGGAGUUUCAGAUGCUAUGGCUAUCACACAAGCAACCCUCAAGUGUGGUCAGAAGGGAGUGACAUCCUAGAUAUUCUAGUCUCAGGGUCAUCCAGGAAGCCCUCCCUGAUAACCCAGCAAAGACCUAUCUUGGCCCCUGGAGAGAAGCUGACCCUCCAGUGUUACUCAAACAUGAGUUAUGACAGAUUUCUUCUUUCCAAGGAGGGCAGAAAUGAUGUCCCACAGAUAUCUGCCAAUUUUACCCAGGCUGGAAAGUCUCAUGCAAACUUCACCUUACACUCUGUGAAUUUCACCACUGGUGGCCGGUAUACAUGCCAUGGUUCAUACAACACCUCUUCUGAGUGGUCAGCACCCAGUGACCCUCUGAAUAUCCUGAUCACAGGACAUCCUCCUGUCUCACCCAACCUCUCAGUGCAUCCAGGUACCACCGUGUCCUCAGGAGAGAAAGUGACCCUGUUGUGUAAAUCAUCAAUCCCAGUGGACAGCUUCCUUCUGUUCAAGGAGGGUGCAUUCCAUUCCCACAUGCAUCAAAUAUCAAAGCUCCAAGAUUCACAAUAUCAGGCAGAAUUCUCCAUGAGUGCUGUGACUCCAUCCGUUGGGGGUAUCUAUAUGUGUUUUGGUUCUCAA